AUGGCGGCCAUGGCAGACGAUAUGGCCUCUCUAAAACUCCAAGUUGCCCGCCUCUUCGCUCGCCAGUCUUCUAGUCACCGCCUUGGUCAUUCCGGUUCAAGACCUCCUCCCGAUGGCCUGUACCAUUUCCAUGCAAAAUUCGGCACGGAAGCAUACAGCCUAUCUCUGAACCUGACCAUCAACUUGCGAAGAUAUUUUUCCUGGAUUUUUGUGAUGGCUGACGUCCCCGACGCUAUUCUUGGCGCCGACUUCCUUACCGAGUUUGACCUCCUGGUGGACUGCCACCGUUUCCGACUUCUUGAUCGCUCGACCGGUCUGUGUGUUCGCGGAUUGACUCCC